GAUAAUACAGGUGGCGCUUUGUUUAUGUAGCAACAAGAUGGCGGAAACUGAUUUUGAGAUUUGAUUGCAAAUUCGAUCAGAACAUGUACCAUAAUGCCCUAUGGAAAUAUGUAAGAAUGAGUAGAAAGAAAAUAUAAAGAAAGACCUUAAAAGUUCAGGACAAAUUUAUUUGCAAACAUGCCACCAAGAGGAAAAGGAGGUGGGGACAUUGUACUGGAUAAUGAUGUCAGCUUUCCACUUGAGCGUCUUUUUGACCACAGAAAUUUGGACCAUCUUCCUCGGGAAAAUCGUUUGGAUCAGUUUGAAAGAAGAGACCUGGCCCAUGUCAAGCAUUAUAAAGCUGCAGUUAAGAUAUUUGGGGGUCCCCUUAGUAGGAAGAGAGUUAUUCAGGCCCCUCCUAUGGAAACACCCAUGAAACACAGACUUGGAGUUUAUUUAAACCAAAAAGAACCCCCUCCACCCAUAAAGUUGUGUUCAGAAAUGAAAUCAAAACCAUUUAAAAUAGAUGAAGAUGCUGAUGCCAUUGCAGCUGGGAAAAAGGCAGUUGCCGAAGAGGACUCAUAUAAGAAAUGGAUUGCAGAUCGUCAAAAAUUUAGACAUGAUUUAGACAAUAUGGGACUAAAUGCAGAAUGGCUGAGAAGGAAAACAAAUAAAACUGAAUUAGAAAAACGAGUCUAUAGAAAAAUGGUAGAAGAAGCAAAACCUAAGCCAAUCAUUCCAGAACCAGUUAUUGAAAAAGUUUUGGAAGCUAUGAUCUCUAUUGUUCCCUCAGUGAAGAUUCCAUCACCAUUAGGUGUGAGAAUUCUAGAACAACAUUUACGUAAAAAUCAGAUACGUCUCAUAGACCUGUUUGUAAUGGUUGAUAGAGAUAAGAACUGGAGAAUUUCCAGAGAAGACUUUAAGCAGGCCAUAAGAGAGUCAAAAGUGACAAUGUCCGAGUCUCUUCUAGAAGAUAUGAUUCUUUCUCUCGAUAGUAACUUUGACAAUUAUUUAGACUACAAGGAACUUGCAGAAGGACUAAAAAUGUGGCGAAAGGAAAGAAGAGAAAAUAAAAGAAAGGCAUUAUCAAGGGAGUCUACUGACUUAUCACAGAAAUCUUCAACAAUUUCUGCUACACCCCAGUCGUUGGAAGAACUGUACGAUGAGCCAGAUUAUCUUGAACUUAUGAAAGAAGGGAAGAUGACAUCUACUUUAUCAAGACAACACGAUACUAGUGAGGAAGACAUUUAUGGGGACCCUGAAUUGGCAAAGAAUAAGGAAUCGCCAAAAUCAUCCAAAGGCUCUCUUCGAGGAUCUGCUAAAGGGCGGAUAGGUUCAGGAAUGAGUAAGACAUCUGCCAAAUCUUCUCGGAAGUCUGUUGGCAUUGACAGAGAACCAUCAGAAGAAAAUAUAGUCAUUGGUCAAGGUGAAGGUGAUUUGAAGGAUAGUGCUGAGUCAGAGGUUAAAGUUCGCAUUGGUUCUGCUAAAAGAAGUGCUAGUAGAAUAAGUGGAAGUAGCAGGGCUUCUACACCACAAUAUCUAGAGGUUCCUGAACAGGAUCUCAAACCUGAUAGAAUGAUUUUAUCUUCAGAGGAGGCUAUGGUAGACCUGAGAAAGAGGGACAGAGAGGCAUUAAAGAACUCUACCAGACAGGGUUCACCUAAAGUAAAGUUACCUGCACCAGGUGUAAUCAAGGUGGGAGACAAAGCUAUAGAUGACCAUUCAAUGAGAUCAACAUUGAAAGGAGAAACAGCAGACAUGGUUAAUAAGUUUAGAGAACUUAAGCUUAGAGAGUAUUGUGAUAUAACCAAGCUCUGUAAAUUAAAUGGAAUAAUUCUAAGUGAAAGACUUCUAGAAAAAGUUUUACUCUACCCACCUGAUAGACCUCAUCAUGAAAUUCACCGAAAUGUGAAAACCCCUGCUGAUCCUUUACUAUCCAGUCACUAUGCUGAACCAAAAAAGAGGCCAAGGACACCUAUAGAGGUGAAACACAAGGAUAAGGUCAAGAGGUCAAAGAGUGGUAAACUUAUGUUUGACAGUAGACAUAGAUAUCCACAGAAAUCCAAUGUUGCUUCUUCAGGAACCAAAGAAAAUCUAUCUACAGGCAGAGCGGUUAUCAGAAGCAAAGUCGAUUGUUGGAUGACGUUUGAAGAGUAUGAAAGAUUAACAAGACAUUUAGAAACAAGAUACCAGCAACUUCAUGGUAGUAUAGACACUAAUGCCUUCUGGCCUGGUCACUUACUGGACAAAGUACGACUCUGUAUGCCUCCUUAUGACAAGCCACAUCCUUCAUUGAACAGCUCUAAUGCUUUGUUUAGGGAGGUUGAUAAAAACAGAAGAAGCCAUGUUGUUCCUAUUAGGGAGAACUCAGCAUGGCCUGUUAAUGAGUAUGGUUUUGUUCAGAAUGGCAUAUAUGAUCCCUAUGCCAGAAAAUAUUAGACAUUUUUAAGCAGAAAUUAAAUUUCAUCAAAACUAUUAAAGCAUUAAAUGCAAU